GAGAGAGAGAGAGAGAGAGAAAUGGGGAGAGAGUUAUGUGCAGCAAUGGGAAAUGGUGGAGUUUUCAAAAAAAUAGGCAAGUCAUGGAGCAAACUAGAGAAACGCUUAAACGAUGGAGUUUCAAAGAGCAAAGUUGGCAACUACUUCAAGUUAGAAGCAAGAAAUAGUUGCUUCACCAAGGAGCUACGUGCCGGUCUAGCCACGUUCCUCACCAUGGCCUACAUCAUCUCUGUCAACGCCACCAUCCUCGCGGACUCAGGUGGCACGUGCUCCAUUGCCGACUGCUCCACCACGGCGAACCAAACCGUCACCCCGGAUUGCAUGAUCCUUCCCAACGAAGGAUACCAAAACUGCCUUGCAAAGACCAAGAGUGACCUCAUUGUUGGCACAAUUUUAUCAGCCAUGAUCGGGUCGAUUGCUAUGGGUGUUUUGGCCAAUCUACCCUUGGGGUUAGCCCCAGGGAUGGGGCCAAACGCUUACCUAGCUUAUAAUUUGGUGGGUUUUCAUGGAAGUGGGAAAUUGUCUUACCAAACUGCCCUAGCUGUGGUGUUACUUGAGGGAAUUGCUUUUCUUGCAAUUGCUGCUUUUGGGCUAAGAGAAAAGCUGGCCAGGCUCAUCCCUAAUCCAGUUAGGCUUGCUUGUGCAGCAGGAAUUGGGCUUUUCAUUGCCUUUGUGGGCCUACAAAUCCACCAGGGAGUGGGCCUAGUGGGCCCAGACCCAUCCACAUUGGUGACAAUCACAGCUUGUUCUAACACAAACCCAGCAACUGGUGAGUGCCUUGGGGGCAAAAUGCACAGCCCAAAGUUCUGGCUGGGUGCAGCUGGGUUUAUAAUCACAUGUUAUGGCCUAAUGAAGGAGAUUAAAGGCAGCAUGAUAUACGGCAUCGUUUUUGUCACAUUUAUAUCAUGGUUUAGGGGCACAAGUGUGACAGUGUUUCCCAACACACAAAUUGGUGACACAGAUUUCCAUUAUUUCAAAAAAGUGGUAGAUUUUCACAAAAUUCAAUCCACAGCUGGGGCUAUAAGCUUCACCAAUUUCAAUAGGUCUGAGGUUUGGGUGGCUCUGGUAACCUUGCUCUACGUUGAUGUUCUUGCCACCACAGGCACAUUGUACACCAUGGCCGAAAUGGGCGGUUUCGUGAACGACGAAGGCGGGUUCGAAGGCGAGUACUCGGCGUACUUGGUUGACGCAGGGUCAACGGUCGUGGGGGCUGCACUGGGGGUGACCCCCAUCGCAACGUACAUAGAAUCUUCAGCAGGUCUGAGAGAAGGCGGGCGGACAGGAUUGACUGCAGUGACCAUCGGUCUGUGUUUUUUCGUGUCGUUGUUUUUUGUUCCUCUUUUGUCUAGUGUGCCUCCAUGGGCUAUAGGGCCUUCACUUGUGAUGGUUGGGGUGAUGAUGAUGAAGGUUGUGAAGGACAUAAAUUGGGGGAAGAUGAAAGAAGCUGCGCCUGCUUUCAUGACCAUGGUUCUAAUGCCUCUCACUUAUUCCAUAGCAAAUGGGAUUAUUGGUGGCAUUGGGCUCUACAUUGCUCUCAAUCUGUAUGAUUAUGUGGCAAUCGUGAUUAAGUGGUUGAUUAAGAUGAAAAGAAUGGUGGGAAGAGAACAAAAUCAAGUGUCUGCCACAGCUCCUGCAGACUCAGCAAUUGAAGUUAUUUGAAGCCACUUUUUUAUUAAAUUGUUGUUUUUGGGUGAUUUUAGGAGGUCCCUUUUGUAAUUAGUAGUUUUUAUUUUUGAAUUUUUUUCCCCUAAUAUUUAUUAUACAAGUGAUAUUGUGAAAGGAGGGACUCGAUACAGGAUUUCGGGUGCAUGGGUAAUUUCUCAAUUUUUUAUUUCUUUAAUAUUUCAAGAUCAACAUCCUUUUUGCUGUAAUUUAUGCAAUCUAUGAUUAAAGACCAACAUUUUUUU